UAUACGUGGUUUCAAUUUUCGCGGUCUGCGUAUAAAAUGUGCGUUGUUCAAAUGAUUAUGGCGCCAUCUAUCAAUGAUUACGGCAAUCUGAUAAACAGCUGACUCCAAAUAAUUCAAUUAUGUUGAAUAUUUUCCAAAAAUUUUGUAGAUGCUGUAUGAAAGAUGGAGAAUUUAAUAUAUUUACAACAUUAUUUGAAUCACAUCCUAUAGCUCGAAUUCUUGAAAAAAUCUUAUCGAAAAAAAUUUCUUCUGAUGAUGAUUUCCCAAAAACAAUUUGUGAUGAAUGUUACAAAAACAUUAUUUCCCACUAUACAUUCGUCAAAAAUUAUGUCAAGGUUCAAGAAAUAUUACUUGGAAUCUUAGAGAAGAAUCGAUGUGUAAAAGCAAAUCAAACAAAAAAUCUUUUUCCACAUAGUAAAGACUCGAAUAUCACUAAUGAAUUUCAAAGUAGUGAUGAUGAUCAACCUCUCAGUUCACUUUACAAACAUUCAACAAAAAAAUAUAAGGAAACAAAUGGUACCAGUUCUGUAGAUAGCUUGAAAGAAAUUACUUCGGUUGUGAAUGAAAAUGAAAUACAGAAAGAAUAUUUAAUAUUGAACAAAAAAAUAGAGAAUUCUUCAAUAAAAGCUAAGGAAACAGCUUCUUUAUCACAAGAUGAAACAAAUGAUAAAAAAAUAGAAAGCUCUGCUUUCAAACACUCUUGUGUUGACUGCAAUGAGUCAUAUGAUUACAUAAAACAACUUGAAAAACAUUGUAAAGAGACUGGUCAUAUUGUACCGAGGAGAUUCAGUUGUGUAAUUUGUUCGAAAAAAUUUCUAUCUAAGACCCGUUUGAAGGAUCAUGUGAGGACUCAUGAUAAAGAGAAACCAUUUCCUUGUGAGGACUGUGGAAUGGCUUUCACGCUCAGUUCAAAUUUGAAGAGACAUAAGAAAAGACAUACUGGGGAGAAGUCCUACUUCUGUGAAGUUUGUGGUAAAGGUUUCAUCCAGAAACAUACUCUCACUGUACAUAUGCGACUUCAUAACGGAGAAACACCUUAUGUAUGUGAACUUUGCGGUAAGGGAUAUCGAGCUAAGCCAUUGCUUCACCAACACAUGUAUAAGCACAAAGAUGCCGAUACACAAACUAUCAAAUAUCAAAAGUACUAUCUCAAAUAUGGCAAAGUUAAAGUGGAAUGCAAAGUUUGUCAGAAAAUAGUAACUAAAAGUGCAUUAUACAAUCACAUGAAAGUACAGCAUGGGGAUGGUUUGAAAAAGUUCCUGUGUAAUCUCUGUGGAAAAACUUAUGCAACAAAAAUGUCAUUAGUUUUUUCAGAUGUUCACAUGAAUAUCCAUACGAAAAAAAUAUCAUAUAACUGCAAUAUAUGCUCAAAGUCCUUUACUCAUCAGAACUACCUGAAAACUCAUCUCAUGCUUCAUUCAGGGGAGAGACCGCAUUGCUGUGAUCUUUGUGGCAAAACUUUCGUCCAACGAACUCAUCUGGAUCGACAUAAGAGGAUACAUACUGGUGCUAGACCCUUUACUUGUACAUAUUGUGAUAAAGCUUUUGCUCUGAACGAAAACCUAAAGGUCCACAUCAGAAUACAUACAAAGGAAACGCCUCACUAUUGCUCGGAGUGUGGUAAAGGUUUUUACAGUUCGAGUAGUAGAAAAAAGCAUGAAACCAAUGUCCAUCAGAAAUAACAAAACUUUGAAGACAAGAUCAAACUAACCAACAAACAUAUAUAAUAAUCAAUUUUCUCCCAACGAAGAUGAUGAAGUUCGUUUGCUCACAUUUUUCUCCCUCAAUUAUAAAUCGUUGAAAAAAUGUAUAUACAUGAUGAAAUAAAUCUUUAUUCUGCUGUA